UAUUAGUGUUGGUCAGGAAGAACGUUUCAAAAGUGGCCCGGUAACUAACGGUGGCUCCAUUGCAAUUUGCAAUAGACUUUUUUUUUCCCCUCUUCAAUUCUUUGCAGUACCAUUUCCACCCAAAACCAAACCAAACAAUACAGUAAAUACUCCAAUUCAAUUCCUGAAAUCACAUGAAAUGUUUUAUCAUGUAAAAAGUAAAACCAAAACGGAGUACCAGUUUUUCCUUCUUUUUCACUAUUAUUAUUAAUCACUCUGGUUGGACCCAUUACUAGUAGCCUAGUACUGCUCAACUAUUCCUUUCCUCCAACUGCAAACGCAAAUAAAGUCAAAAAAAAAAUUCACAUCCCAUUAAUCUUUAAUCUCUCUCACUUGUUCAGGUAGUUUGGCACAUCUAACACUCCACGUCUUCCCUCAGCAGUCAGCACAAACCAAAUCCUUUUGCGUUUUUAACUUAGUUCUAAUUUACUGCUCUCUCUCUCUCUCUCUCUCUCUCUCUCUCUCUAUCUAUCUAUCUCUAUAUAUUUGUUCCUUAAGGGCUUAAAUGAAUCAACUAAUCAAACUAGUCAACUUCCUCUAAGCUUCUCUGCUGCUAGUAAGUACGACAACAAGAAUUCUCUCUCUAUAGAUUUUGAACCAUUUCUGGGGGAAUCUCAGAAGGCUCUCUCCAUAGCUCCUACGAAUUAAAAACUGGGGUCUGUAGCUAUAAGUUUUGGUGGAACUCAUGAAUCUACUACGUUAGGUCUUGCGAAGAAACGAGACAGGGAAAGGGAAGAGAAGGCCAACAUUAGGUUCCUCGAAUUUCGUUUUUGGGACAUUUACAGAAGGCAGAGAGAAAAAAAAUAAAAAACAGGGGGAUCUUUUCUUCAUCGUCGUCCCUCUCAUUAUAAAUUUAUAUACAUCAUCCUCCCAUCACUUUGUCACAUCCCUUCUGUGUGGAUUCUUUACGUACGUCGGUGAACGUGAGCCCUCGUCAGUCUUCGUCACAGUCUUCUUCUUUCAUUUAUUGCCUUGAUUGAUUCAUUGAUUUAACAACUGAUCAUCCCUCUUUAAAUUACUCUGCCUUUUGUUUUCCUUCGAAUCCCUCAAUUCUCCACUUUAUUGCACGGAAUUUCUCUAUCCCCUUUAAAUUCUGAAGGAGGCCCAUCCUUUUUUCUUGUCUUGACGUUUCAGUCAGCGAAAAACAAAACUCCGAUUUGGAAAAAAAAAUAUCUUGUGGGUUGAUUAAUUAGGAGGAAUGGGCAAUUGCCAGGCGGCUGAAGCGGCGACGGUGGUAAUCCAACACCCGGGGAAUAAGGUGGAGAGAUUUUACUGGUCGGUGAGUGCCAAUGAGGUGAUGUCAUCAAACCCGGGUCACUACGUGGCCCUCAUCAUAAACUCUCCGACGGCUCGGUCGGAGAACGGCCAGCCGGUGAGGCAGCUGAAACUUCUCCGGCCUGAUGACACUUUGCUUAUGGGACAAGUUUAUAGGCUCGUCAGCUUCGAAGAUGUACUGAAAGAGUUUGCUGCAAAGAAGUCGGUGAAACUGGGAAGACUGUUGAAGGAGAGUGGUGGGCUCGUUCUGGACAGUUCAAAGAAGAAUUCUCCUGCUCCAAACCCAAAAUUGGUCCAGGGUGGUUCACUUGUUAAGGUAAAUUUACAUAAAUUAUUGAACCAAUCCUCGAAAUUAUCGAACUUCAAUUAGCUUAUUGAAUUUUCUUCUGUCUCUGUGUGUAUUUCCACAUUAAAUUAAAUAUAUGUCUCUGUCUUUGUGUUUUGCAUGUUCGUUGAGGAUACGUUGUCUUGCUUGCCCUUUUCAUUUGUCAUGUCUAUGCAUAAAGACAUUUUAUCAGAUGUUAACAAUUUGUUGUAAUUAUCUUACACUUUGGAAGUAGAAAGUGAAAGGUGAAAAUAUCAUUUUGUUUUUUGGUUGCAUCCAUUUUUGUUUUGAUUCGAUGAGAUGUAUAUAUUAACAAUUAUGGAGCAUAGUUCAGAGUUCCCUUAAAAGCAAGGUUUCAGUAUUUUAAGUGUAAUUUCAUUACUGCAGGACUAACAUAAGUUUGGUAAUGGAAAUUCCCUUGUCUAAUUACUUGAUAGAAUGUGAUUACGUUAUCUUGUACUCUACACUAACUAAUACUACUAUUAAGUGAUUAAUCAUUUGGUUACUAAUCCAUUUCAAAGUUUGGACGGACUUGCAUUAUAUAGCUGGAAGGAAGAAAAUAAUGGAGUCAUGUUUUAGCUUAAACCAUUAUUAAAGCUGUAAUGGGUAACAACUAAUCGAGAUACUAUACCGAAUCAAGUACCAAAAGAUAGGCUGUUGUUUUUGCCUCAUUCGGGUAAUGCGUGAAUAUGUAUGUAAAAAGCCAUAAAAGAAGUCCAUCUGGAAAAAAGAAAGGGAAAAAGUUGCAUCAAAGAAGUACGGUAUGCUAAUUUGUAUUUUUGCCCCCAAAAGAAAAUAAAAUAAUAGCGGUAGUUGUAAUGUAAGCGGGUGGUUGCUUAGCGGAACAAGCAGGGAAUCUCUUUUGAGAAUUAAAUAUGGUAUUAGUUCGUUGGAGAAUUGUUUUCACUUGAAUUAAUAUAUAGUGGGUGGAAAAAAAAAAUAAUAAUAACAAAGUGAAGUCAACUAAAGGGAGAUUCAAUGGUCUGUGCUUUUGUUAAUCAUAGGAUGACUCAUCACAUGGGUUUUUCAUAUUCAUAUAUUUAAUAAUAAACAAAUGGGAAAUAACAGGGAAUAUUUCUGUUGGUUCAUUUACCUAAUUUUUCUGCAGAUCGUAUACCCAGUCUCAACCAACUUGUUUAAGAGUUUUAGACCUUCUCUGCCAUUUACAUAAGCAUAACCCAUGAUUUAUUUAAAAGGGUUUACCAUUGACAUGGUAUGCCUAAUGCCAUUGACAUGUUCCUUAAUUCUUCUUUUGACUCCAUCUUUCCGAAUAAAUAACUAAGGUUAAUUCAUUUCAGGGAGCGCCCGAGAUGAAUCGAAUGGGGAGUGGAAUCACCGGCAGCAGCAGCAGCAGCAGUGGCAGCAGAGUAGGCGUGGGAAGGCAUCAUCACGUUGGUGGUGGUGGCCAAUGGAAACCGGCUUUGCAGAGUAUUGCAGAGAUUGGAACUUGAACUCUCCCCACAUAAAUAUGAAUAUAUAAAGAGUAUUAUGGGAUGAUUAUAAUUCCUUAAUUGCCUUACCUCCCCUGAGUAUAUCAGUGUAGUUUUAAUAAUAAACUUACUUUUAUUAAAAGAUAAUCGGUCUCUUCUUACGGUAUACAACUAGUUCUGUAAAAGCUAAGUAUAAUGCAACUGCAUGGGUACUAUGAUUAGUUUCACGGGACAUUGACACCUCCGACAAACAUGUAAAACAAAAGGAGAACGCUUUUGGCUGUAGCCAAUCCAUCGAUCCUCAUAAUUUCCAGACUCCUUUCUCCUCUUUUCAUAGAGAUGUACAUUUUGUUUCAUAGAUUCGAUUUUCAAAUUUUUCAGUACUAUAUUCCCAAUCCACCUUCCCCCAAAAUUAACAGUAUGAAUUGAUUCAGGCAUCCACUCCGAUGGAAUUGGUUGUAAUCAGUGAUGGGCUACUGGCUGGAUCAGUUUUCCUCAUUUUUUGAAUGUGUUUGCGUGACGAAUUCAUCAACCCUUUUGCAUUAAUUUUGUGUUGAUGUGUGAGUGACGAAGGAGGGACCAAGAUCCAUCAACCGAUCAGAGAUUGAGAGUGGUACGUCUAUAAAAGUAGUAGUAUGUAGUUUGCCUAGCUACUUGCUACUUCUCAACAAAUAUUUGAGGUGGCCUCAUUAACUGCUAUUUGUCGUGUCAUUUAAGCAUUGCUUUUUAAUAGCUACAUACUUGAUGAAUCAACUCUUCUUCCC